AUGAAACAAUUAACAUUUAAACUAUUGAUCUGUGCACUCUUUAUUCUCUAUUGUAGUUGCUCCAUGGCUAUGGCUGGUCGUGGUAGUGGAGGAAGCUCAGGUAGAAGUUCUGGAAGUAGUGGUGGUUCUAGAAGUGCUGCCUCAAGAACUACCAGAUCAGCUAGUUCUGCUCCAGGGAGAAAGUCAACUACCAAGUCAAGAUCUGGAACUGCAGCUAAAAAGUCCACCAAGCCAUCUAAAAAAACAAGAACAACAAAACUGGUCAAAGGAGAUGCACUCACUACAGGAAAAUCAACAGUGGUUGUGAAGAAGGGUGACACUGUGAGUGAAAUUGCAUAUAAACUUGCCAAGGAGCGUAAUAUUCCUUUCAAGGAAAUGUAUAAGGCAGUAUAUGAAGCCAACAGUAAAUUACUUGGAGAUAGAACUCAAUUGUUUAACAAGUAUGGUGCCAAGAUGAGAUUGCAUGGUAAAUUGGGUGAUUUCAAGUUUAGAGAUGCUAUCAAACCAGGUGAUGUUUUGAAUUUACCAACUUUGGGAUUGAAACCAGAAAAUCCAAAUGGUGACAAACCUGGCAAGGGAGAUCAACCAAAUAAUGGUGAUAAGCCUAGCAAUGAUAAGCCAAGCAACAACGUUGAUCAGCCAAGUAAUGCUGAUAAACCAGACAAUGGAAACAAACCAGAUAUUGCUCAGCCUGACAAUGGCAAGCCAGAAAUCAUUCCUGAAAAACCAAACAAUGGUAACACUCCAGAUAGUGGAAAUAUUCCACCUCACAGAGGUAUUCCACCAAUCAUUGAUGUUACUCCAAAGAUACCAAUCUCAUAUCCAAAGAAUCCAACUCCAAUCAAACCACUUCCUAUCAAUAACAAUGGUAAGAAACUGGUUCUCAGACAUGCUAGACUCAGAGGAAGAGGGGUUUUCAUUAAGGUCAAUGUUAACAUUAAUGGUCAACCAAAUAAACUAGAUUAG